AUGAGAAAUAAUAGCAGUCGCAACAACAGCAAUGGCGGCUCUGGACGCCGUGGUCCACGUAGAGAGCAGAAGAAGAACAUGGACUACGAGGCUCGUGUCACGCGUAAUGGAGUCUCCGCCAACCACCUGCUCAACUUCUCCAUGCCUGAACGCGAGAGACACGUGCACCACCACCAGAAGAAAAAAAAGAGCUCGGCGCCUCGCACGCAGAGCGAGUAUCUGCACGCCAACUACCGGUUCGUGAUCGCACCACUUGAUCCGGACGCGGUCGUUCCAACGUGGGAUCUGGAGGCACUGACGGAAUGGUCUUCGGUUGAGCAGGUAUUGCUGUGGUAUGACGUCGAAAGCCCGCAGACCUGCCCGAUUUGUAUGGACACGUUCCGUGCACCGAAAAUUACCAAGUGCGGCCAUAUCUUCUGUUGGCCAUGCAUCCUGCGCUACCUGUCUAUGACGGACAAGUACUGGCGUCGAUGCCCGAUGUGCUUUGAGUCCGUUCAAAAGGGGCAUCUGCGCAGUGUGCAGCUCCAGCAACUGCAAGUUCCCCCUCACGUGGGCGAUGACGUAGCUUUCCAGUUUCUGGAACGCCCCAAGUCCAGCAUGUUCCCCCAGCUUCGUGUCCUCCCUCCCGCUGAAGCUAAAGGGGAUCUAGCCGGGAUCGAAGCUACUUCGCACUCUGCGUUGCCUUCUCCAGACGCUCCUGCAUUUGCAAAGCGUAAACGCUCCCGGAAGCUGCCGCGUGUGGAUGAUGUCGAUGCGACGUACUCGCGCAUUCUGGAGGCAACGCCUGAUUAUCUUCGGGAGCUCCUGUACUCGGAGAUGCGCGAUCUCCAGUCGAUGGAUGCCGAGUUUCGAAGUAGUGGGGACGUUGACAACCUCCCUUUCGUGGAAGAGGCUAUGCGGAAUACCUCGGGGCGGCUUGCCAAGAGUGACGACUUCAGUCACGGCACUUAUGGCUCCAACCAUGCCAACAACGCUAUCGGUAGCGGUUCAGCUACAGGCGUGAAAGGAAAGCCGCAUCAAAACGAAGGUGGCGACGCGUAUUCCUUCUACCAGAUCGCGAAUGGGACAUACGUGGUUCUCCACCCGCUGAACAUGAAGUGCCUGCUGAAGGAGUACUCGGACGAGCACCAGCACGAGUUAGAAGGCGAUCACGGAGAUGACGCACACCAAAAGGAGCUGGAAGCUGCGUGGACCCCGUCAGCGAGCUCGGAGCCGUUACCUGUUGAUCGCUACCAUUUGCUACCCGAGCAAAUCCGCGGACGUGUACUGGACAUCGAGCACGUGGUCAUGGACGAGGAAGCGCAGAAGCGCUACCGUUUCUUGAGCCACUUGCCGCGCUUCUGCGACUUCUACAUCUGCGAGCUCGAUCUAACGUCGCAGCUGUCUCCGUCGACGCUCAACUCGUUCCGCAACGACCUCAAGAAGCGCGCCAAGCAGCGGAAGCAGAAGCAGAGGCAGCAGAACGCGCCGUCUCCGUCGUCUCCGAUCUUCAAGAGCAAUGCAGCGGCGUUCUCGCUGGAGCAGGAAGGAAUGAUGUGGCCGUCGCCCUACGAGCAGGCGCUGGCCGAGUCACUAGAGGAGUUCCAUCUCACUAAUGCAUCGAGCGUCGAGUUCGAGGGUGAAGUCCACGCAGCGGCCACUCCGGCCUCGCCGUACUCCGACGACGUGGGGAGGUCGUUCGCCAGAGUGACGGAGAACUCGGGGUACUUCCCCGUGCUGGGGGGCGGACCGAGCGAGACCAGGGCCCACGUGACGGACCCCAUUGCAUUUGGAUCGCCCGCUGCCUGGGGAAACCCGUCCACCAGUCCGCCCGCAGUCGCCUGGAGCUCGGGCAAGGGCGGCAAGAAGAAGGGCGCAGGCAAGAAGGGCGUCUCCGUGUUCUCGACCACGCAGCGCCGCUCGUACCGCUGA